UAUAGAUAUAUACCCACGCCUAUAUAUAUACUCCCCUUCCCCGUCCAGCCCUCCUCUUCCCGUACCCAUUCCGCUGACAAAAAGUCUAGAACUACAAUGUGAGCCGUUUUGCUCCACGCCCGUUUUUCCCUCUCCUCUUUGUCUUCCCCGCUCUAUAUCUGUCUCUCUCUAAAGCCCUGCCUCUCAUUGUCCACUCACCCGCGGUGUUCACUUUCAUCUCCCCAAUCCUCGCGGAGAAAACCCCUAGAAAAUUUUCAUUUUUGCUUCACAAUCCGUUGCCCAGUGGUUCAAGAAUCUCUGACGUUUAAGGUUUGUUCUUGAUUCAGUCGUGUUGAAGAAAUGGCUGUUUUACCUGAAAUUGGGGCAUUUGACAUUAGGGAAGUUUGGAAUGAUAACCUUGAAGAUGAGUUUGCACUUAUUCGUGGCAUCGUAGAUGAUUACACUUACAUAGCUAUGGAUACUGAAUUCCCUGGAGUUGUUCAUACCCUGAAUUCGAAUUCCACUCCUCAACGCUACACUGACUAUGGUACCUUAAAGGCCAAUGUUGAUAUCUUGAAGUUAAUCCAGUUGGGUCUUACGUUUUCUGACGAGAAAGGGAAUCUUCCCAUCUGUGGGGUUGACAAGUACUGUGUUUGGCAAUUCAAUUUCCGCGAAUUCAAUGUGGAUGAAGAUAUCCAUAACCACGCUUCGAUUGAGCUCUUACAAAAGGCUGGCCUGGAUUUCAAGAUGAACAAUGAGAAAGGCGUAGAUGCCAACCGGUUUGGCGAGCUCUUCAUGUCUUCUGGGGCUGUAUUGAAUGAUGAUGUACAAUGGGUUACCUUCCAUAGUGCUUAUGAUUUUGGGUAUUUGGUUAAGCUAUUGACCGGCAAGAAUCUGCCUGAUACACUCGAGGAAUUCUUGGAUUUGAUCAAAUUGUAUUUCCCGACAAUGUACGAUACUAAGCAUCUGAUGAAGUUUUGCCACGAUGUACAUGGUGGAUUGAACAAGGUCUCUAAGCAGUUGGGUGUCAAAAGGGUUGGUGCAGCUCAUCAAGCUGGUUCAGAUAGUUUGCUUACUUGUUUUACUUUCAUGAAGCUGAAGGAGAAUUUCUUGAAUGGCUCACCUGAGAGAUUUUCUGGUGUGUUGUAUGGCCUUGAAGCUGAAUAGAUACUACUAUACUCAUUGAAUCGCAGAAAACUAGCAAGUCUUGGAAAAAAUACAAUUUGUUCUUGUACUGAAGUUGAUGUUAGUUCA